CAAUCCCUAACCUUGUCAGUACUCAUCGCUCCCUCUUCUCCAAAUCUCCACACCUGCCGACCUGCGCACCCAGCCACACCUGCCGACCUGCCGACCUGCGCACCCAGCCACCCACCACCGCGAAGCCUUCGGCCCGUCGCACAUCAGGCCAACACGAAGCCACCACCGACCGACUCGACACGGCAGCACAGCACCACGCCGCCGCCGUUGAGACGCCACCACCCUAACCCAUCAGUUCAACCCAGCACGGCAGCUCCCAGUCUCCCACUCAGCCUUCCUCCCAAGUCAAUAUGGAGCCCGAGCCACCGAUUCAGGUAAUGUUGACUAUUUGCUGUUUAGUGUUUACUGGUAAUUCUGUUCAUUAGUGUUGAUUUGUUGCUACUUGCUGUUGAUUUGUUGAUUUGUUGCUAAGUUUUGUUGAUUUAUAGCCUUUUUUUUCCACGUUAAUACUUACAGACAAAUGCAUUGUUGAUUUGUUGCUACUUGCUGUUGCUGGCUCAGUGGCUUGCUGUUUAAUGGUUCAUUUUAUUGUUCAGUUUAUUGCUGGAUGCUGGUUAUUGAUUAAUUGUUGAAUGUUGAUAACUUGGUUAUUGAUUAAUUGUUCUGACCUUUCUCACCCCAUAACUUCAUCAAUCUUCACACCAAACAAUGUUUUAUUCUCUUCAGUGUUGCAAUCCUACAUUAGAAAGUGUAAAAUUAGGAAACCCUAAUCGACGGACCAUCGACCAUGGAGGAGUUGGAGGAAGAGCUUCAUCUGACGAGUUUGGGCGUGCGGUUUCUCAAAUAGCCGUGGCACAGAUUUGCGAAUCUGCAGGGUUUAAUGGCGUCAAGAAUUCCGCCAUCGAAGCACUUUCCGAUGUCACAAUUAGGUACCUUAUUGACUUGGGGAAAAUUGCUGAAUUUUAUGCUAACCUUGCUGGUAGAUCGCAAUGUAGUGUCUUUGAUUUGAUUCUAGGGUUAGAGGAUUUAGAACAGGUCAAGGGUUUCAUAGGUUCUGGUCAAAGUCAAUGCCUUUUAGGUUCAGGAACUGUUAGGGAUCUUAUGAGGUUUGUGAAUUGCGGUGAUGAGGUUCCUUUUGCUCAGCCAAUACCGAAUUUUCCAGUGAUUCGGCAGCGGAAAGUUAUCCCUAGUUUCUUGCAAAUGGGGGAGGCACCACCUUCUAAGCAUAUACCGCCUUGGUUGCCGGCAUUGCCGGACCCUCACACUUAUAUUCACACGCCUAUGUGGGAUGAGAGGACUUGUGAUCCCCGGGAAGACAAGGUUGAACAGGCCAGGCAACGUAGAAAGGCUGAGAGGUCGUUGUUGAGCUUGCAGAAGAGGUUGUUGUUGUGUAGUGGUUCAGUAGAAACACGCAAUACGACUUCGAAUGUGGUUGUGCCGAGUGGUGGUGGUGCUUCACUUAGACAAGGAGAAGGUGAAGGGGGUGAUAAGAACCCUUACCUUAAGGCUCCUGUGGAUAACAAAGAUGUUUCUCCAGUUCCCUUGCCGGGGAAGCUUUCUGAUGAUGUUGAUAUGAUUGCAAAUCAUGUUUCUGUGUUGGAGGCAUUUGCUCCUGCAAUUGAGAUGAUGAGGAGUAGUGGUGUUUUGUGCGAAGAUGAUGGGAUGCAAGGGAGAACAGUUCUUCCAGCUGUGAGACCUACUGUUUAUUUCAAGUUCAGGGCUGGAAAAAAGCUUAUCCACGAGUCCUUGGAUAUGAGGAAUCAGAAGAAGGAUGCUUCACGAACAGCGGCCUUGGCUGGUAGAGAAGACGAGAGGGAUGAUAAGAAGAGGAGAGUUGAGCUUAUUCUCAAACAAUCUAUGGAAAACCCACAAGAACUCACUCUGUUGUAGAUUAGUUUAUUGACUGGAUUUGUUGGAUGUUGUAGGAAUUGAGUUUGUAAAAAUGAAGACCUUCAAGGGUUAACCCUUUUUUGUCUUAAUUAAAACCUUUUUUUCUGUAGC